AUGACUGAACACUUUGACUCUGUCAAGUCAAUGAUUAAUAACCUGCGCUCGGAGGAUCCGGAGGAACGGCUGACAAGCAUGCGCGGCAUUCACCUCAUUGCCUCUACUCUUGGACCUGAACGCACUCGUGACGAGUUAUUGCCGUACCUCACCGACUAUCUGGACGAGAAUGAAGUGGUGUUACGGGUUUUUGCCAAUGCAUUGGGGACGAUGCUGCAAGAAGUGGGUGGUGCCGACCAUUUGCAGAGCAUUUUGACGCCCCUGGAGUUGUUGAGCAGUUUAGAUGAAAUUACCGUUCGUGACGAAGCUGUAACGUCGCUGCAGACAAUUGGUGGGCAGGUAUUUCGUGAGACAGGCGAAGCGGCUGCGCAGGCGCAACGUGAUUUUCUUGAUUUGGUACAUCGACUUGGCAAAGCAACUACGCAAUGUCGAUCAAGUGCAUCGUACCUUAUCGCCACUGCCUACCCUCACGUGUCCACAGCAAUUAAAGGGCAGUUAAUGAGCCUGUUUAUUGAACUUUGUAACGAUAAAGAAAUUAUGGUGCGUCGCGCUGCGUGUAUUUCGCUAGGAAAACACAUGGUACAUGUUCUUGGAAAUCGAAGUACUGAGUUGAUUAACGCGUUGACUGCUUUCUCACAGGACAAAUUUGAUGCCGUCCGCCUUCAGACGGUAGAGGCUGCCGCCGCACUUCUCAAAGCGUUACCGUACGAGCUACAUGCAAAUGUCUUCUCUUCGAUUAAGGCACUUAUGAGCGAUUAUUCUUGGCGUGUACGGCAUAUGGCGGCGGACCGGCUUGGUAAGCUCGCCGAGGCCAUGUCACCGGCCGAGGUGAAGAAUAUUCUGCCAUUCUUUCGUUCCCUUUCGCAGGAUGCCGAGGCGGAAAUUCGGGCCUCAGCAGUUUUUAGUAUGGCCAGUUUAUUGGCCGUUUUUCGUGACCCGUCUGCAAAGAGGGAACUCUUAACGGCCGGAUGUCGACUUGUGAACGACGAAAAUGCACAUGUGCGGAUGUGUUUGGCAAGUGCGGUUUUGCGGUCCGUGGCACACGUUGCAAAAGAGCUGUGGGCGACCACAAUUGUACCGACCUGCACCCAAUUGUUAAAAGACCAAGAAGCCGAUGUUCGCUUGGCUCUUGUUUCUGGAUUUAGUUCCAUGGGAAAUACCCCCGAGGCGAGAGAAAUGGCACCCAAACUCGUUCCCGUUGUUGUGGCACUUGCGGGGGAUCCGAAUUGGCGUAUUCGUGAAGUCGUUAUAUCACAGGUUCCGUUUCUCAUCACCUCGUUAGGCAAAAACGCAGAAGAUGUGGUGGAGCUCUGUGUGCAGCACCUUGUCGACCGUGUGGCGACUAUUCGCGAAGCGGCGGUGCGAUCCUGCUGUACGCUGGUGGCGGAGAAUGGGACGGCAUGGUCACGAGCAUCGCUUUUCCCUCGGCUUAGUUCUAUGGCGUCCACAAACAACUAUCUUCACCGCGUUGCACUCGCACACUUUUAUGCAUCACUGGCGAGUGUCCAAAGCCUGGACUGCGGCACCGCCUCACAACACAUUCUUCCCAUGUUGCGUCUAUUUGCUCAAGACAGUGUGCCGAAUGUGCGUCUUAACUGUGCCAAGGCACUUUUGGCGCUGAAAAAGGGCAGACGACUGUCAGAUAGUGACACUGAGCCGCUUAUAAGUCGGUUGCGAAAAGACGCGGAUGUUGACGUACGGUUUGUCGCAUCAGAAGACUGA